AUGUUCUCGUUCCAAUGCACACCACUCCUACUACCACUAUUACUAAUUCUCAUUAGUUAUGCGGCACACGCGGAAAAUCUCAUUGUGGAAAUUGAAGAAGAUCCCAACAAUGAGAAAUACUCGAGAGCUUGGUCGUUGUGGAAAUUCUGUGGAUGCAGCACGGCUGGUCAAGGCGGUGGCACAUUGGGUGGUCUCGGAGCCAUUGCCGAUUUAUGGUCCAUGGGAGAUGUCUUUGCUGACAUGAACUACGAUGUCGAUUACAUGCCCCUCGAUCCCUUUCUCGUUCAUAUCAACACGACUUGGCUCUAUUCGCCGGAUUUCUAUUCCACUGUCGUCGCCGACUACUUGGCGAGUGAAAACAAGACCCGACAAAAUGGCAUGUUGUCGGAACAAGAAGUACAAGCCGCCGAAAAGUACGUUUACGAUGUCCUGGCCCAACAAGAGCAAGAAGUACAUUUGGAAUAUGUCCACAUUGGAUGGGAUACCGUCGAUGAAGAGGGUGUCUUUUCCUUUAUUACCGAUUUUAGAGGACACUUGCCCGUGCGACAGGGAGAUCAACUCUGUUGGGAUGGAAUGCACAUGUACAAUGUAUCCACGGCCGAUAUCGAGUCCGUCAUGAACGUACUCGGUGUCGGUGGACUUGCGCUCGAUUUUCAUGUCAAUGAAGGAAAGAAUCUCUGCAAGGAUGUCACGGGAUGGUAA